GACUAAGCUUUGAUUUCCCAAAAAAGAAAGAAAGUAAAUAAAAUAAAACGACAAAAAAAAAAUGAAUGUGGGAACUACUUGGAAGUGAACGAGAGAUUCUUUAACGAGAAGAAAAAAAAAAGAACUGUGUUAACUUACUAACUUACCCUACCCAGUUGCGUCAUCAUCAUCAACUCCACACACUCUCCUCUUCACUUUUACUUUUUCCUUAUUACCAUUCUCUUCUUUUAAACAUUUUCCCGAGAAAAUAAAAUAAGAAAAGAAAAAAGCUUUCUCUGGUUUUUUUUCUUUCUUGAUUGGUCAAUUUACACAUCUCCCUUUCCUCCUCUUCUCUUCUCUCUCUCUCUCUCACAUCGCUUGCCUUUGCUUCAUUUCAUCUCUUUGGUCUCCUUCUUGCGUUUUCUAAUUCACUUACACAGACCAAACAAGAGAAAGUGUGACUUUAACCAUUAGAAUAUAUAUUAAAAAAGAGAUUUUUCAGAUAUGGGUUAGUCUCCACUAUUCAUAAAACCUCUGCUUCUUCUUCUUCUUCUUCUUUCUUAGGAUUGUGUGUUAGCUAUAUCCUUCUCUGGUUCUUUAGGGUUAGGGUUUUUAGGUGAGGGUUUGAGCAAGUAUGCGGGAGUUACAUCCUCUUUGAGUUACUCUGGAUUCCUCACCCUCUAACGACGACCACCGUAGCCGCCGCCGCCGCCUCGACGAAUUACAACACUCUGAGCUUCCUCAAUAUGCUCAAUCCAUGGCUGGCGAAUUCCUCCACCCGCCGCCUCCUUCUUCAAUGAGGCACCGCUCUACGUCCGAGGCGGCUGACGGCGGAUGCGGCGAGAUUGUGGAGGUUCAAGGUGGUCACAUUGUUCGGUCCACCGGGAGGAAAGAUCGGCACAGCAAAGUCUGCACGGCCAAAGGACCACGUGACCGGCGCGUGAGGCUCUCUGCUCACACGGCGAUUCAGUUCUACGAUGUUCAAGACCGCCUUGGCUUCGACCGGCCUAGCAAAGCCGUUGAUUGGCUUAUCAAAAAGGCUAAGACUUCCAUUGACGAGCUCGCUGAGCUUCCUCCCUGGAAUCCCGCCGAUGCUAUUCGCCUAGCAGCUGCUAACGCUAAACCCAGAAGAACCUCCGCCAAAACCCAAAUCUCCCCGCCUCAGCAGCAACAGCCACAGCUUCAGUUCGGUGUUGGCUUCGACGGAGGAGGAACAGAGCAUCCCACUAACAACGACAACGACUCGAGUUUUCUUCCGCCGUCUAUGGAUUCAGAUUCGAUUGCUGACACUAUAAAGUCGUUUUUUCCGGUGGUUGGUUCUUCGACGGAGGCUCCUCAGAAUCAUCAGCUUAUUCACAACUACCAUCAUCCGCCGGAUUUGCUUUCUCGAACUAAUAGCCAAAACCAAGAUCUCCGUCUCUCGCUGCACUCGUUCCCGGAUGGUCCACCGUCGCUUCUCCACCACCACAACCACACCUCUGCUUCCGCCUCCGAACCUGCUCUGUUCUACGGACAGAGCAAUCCGUUAGGGUUUGACACACCGAGUUCGGUGAGUUGGGAGCAGCAGUCAUCGGAAUUCGGAAGAAUUCAGAGACUAGUGGCUUGGAACAGCGGAGCAACCGAUACAGGAAACGGAGGAGGGUUUCUAUUCGCUCCUCCUCCGUCGUUUCAGCCAGUCCUUGGCCAAAGCCAGCAGCUUUAUUCUCAGAGGGGUCCCCUUCAGUCCAGUUACAGUCCCAUGAUCCGUGCUUGGUUUGAUCCUCACCAACAUCAUCAGUCCAUCUCCACCGACGAUCUCAACCACCACCAUCACCUUCCUCCGCCGGUUCACCAAUCAGCAAUCCCCGGAAUCGGAUUUGCCUCCGGUGAAUUCUCUUCCGGUUUUCGCAUACCAGCACGGUUUCAGGGACAAGAAGAGGAGCAGCACGACGGUCUCAACCACAAGCCGUCCUCCGCUUCCUCUAUUUCUCGCCAUUGACAAUUGAAAACAAGUCCUCUCUCAUUCCAGGGCUCGUCAAGCUUCCAUGCACCAUUGAAGCUUGACUUAGAUUGUUCGGAACAGGGAAGGCGUUCUCAGUCAAUGGCCUGAAAACAAGAAACGCAAGGAAAGGAUGAAAGAGAAGAAGAAGGAGGAGGACCAGUGUAACCCACAAUUUCAGGUUCUUCGUUUUCUUCUUCUUCCAAUAUCCUGACCUUGCCAUUUGUAAUUUUUCAUCUUUUUUCACCAGUUAGACCAACGUUCUGUAGCUUCAGUUGGUGUUAGAUUCCAAAGUUUGCUUCUUGUUGUGUUAUGUUUUUGUAUCAUCAUCAUCAUCCUAUUGUUACUGCAAUAACUAGAUACUUGAGAAAUUGCAGUUCCCUGUUCUUGUUUGUAUAACAUGGAUGUUUCUAAUAAAGUCUUAAACUUCCUCUUUUA